AUGGUGGAGAAGAAUGCCGAAACAUGUCUCGAUGUGCAGAAAAUCGCCUAUAGGGAAGCGUACCUUGCCCACUGGAACAGAACUGGUAUCGACGCACUGAUAAUGCCAGUUAUGGCCUGGGUCAAUUUUAAACCGCGCACUUGGGUUGAAAGUAAGCAGUUGCUCGGCUACAGCGCCCUUUGGAACUUGCUCGAUUACGCAGCCCUGACGGUUCCCAUUACCAAGGUUGAUCCUGUCAUCGACGCACCGGAUAGUGAGUGGAUUGGGUACAAGGCUCGGAAUGAAUCGGAUGCUUUUAAUCAUAAGCAAUACAACGUAAAUUUGGUUAAAGGAAUGCCAGUUUCGCUGCAGGUCGUGACGGGGAGACACGGAGAAGAGAAAGCGAUUUCGAUUGCCAAAGUUAUGGAGAACUUGUGA